AUGAGAGAAGCCCAGGAAGCCUCAAAGCUUGCCUUGUCCUCAUCCAGUACUUAUAGCUACAACAAUAGCAGGAAAUAUCAAUCAUAUCCUUAUGUUGGGAGAGAAGGGGAAGAAACCACAACAAAGUCAUCGAAAGCCCUUCAACAGAAGCAGGAAAUAACUGCAGCCCUCAAUGCUGGUGAUAUUUCUAGAUGUUUGCCUGAAUGGAAAGAAUUGACAUCAGACCAUGAGCAAAAAUUGAUCAAAGAUGCUUAUUACUCUGUUCAUAUAGAUGACGAAUAUCAAAAAUUCUUAAAGUUUUAUUAUGAUGGUGUGUUAUACCAGUUCACUUGUCUCCCUAAUGGUUUGUGUUCUGGACCACGAAAAUUUACGAGGCUUCCUAAACCACCUCUUGCUGUCUUAAGAUCACCCCAGUGCUUGGUUUCAGGUUAUAUUGAUGACCUUAUCACCAUGCACACAUGUGACAAUGGCUGCUUUGUAAACAUAAAGAGAAUUGUAUCUUUAUUAGGAGAAUUUGGAUUUUCUGUACAUCCCGAUAAAUCACAUUUUCUCCCCACUCAAACCUUAGAAUACCUUGGUUCAAUCAUCGAUUCAGUCAAUACGAGAGUGUAUUUAACUGACUCAAAAAAGAAAAGCACCAACUAUAGUUUUCAUGCUGUGUUAUUUGGAAAACUUCGUUAUAGAGAUUUCGAACGUCUGAAGAUAGACUCAUUAAGAAAAAACUACGGCAAUUUUGAUUCAUACACUACUUUGUCUGCUAAUGCAAUAGGAGAUAUACAGUGCUGGUGUGACAAUAUUACCUCAUCAUACAAUCCUAUGUCAUUUGGUAACCCCACAAUGACUAUUUCCACUGAUGCUUCUAAGCUUGGGUUGGGUGCAGUAUGUUCUAACUCACAAACUGGUGGCUUAUUCUCAGAAGUUGAGUCUGAGCAGCAUAUAAAUGUAUUAGAGCUGAAAGCUAUUCUUUCUGGACUGAGGUCAUUAUGUGACUCAGUUUUCAACACCCACAUCAAAGUAUUGUGUGAUAAUACAACAGCUGUACAUUGCAUAACCAACAUGGGUAGUUGUCGUUCUAUCCCUUGUGACAUUGUUGUCAAGCACAUUUGGGAUUGGGCCAUUAGAUAUGACAAUUGGCUUAAUAUCUCACACAUUCCAGGGCUUCCUAAUGUAGAAGCUGAUGUAGAAUCUAGGAAGCAUGAAAUUAAAACAGAAUGGAAAUUGAGUGAAAAGAUCUUUCUGGACUUUGUUUCACACUUUCAAUUUUUCCCUGAUAUUGAUUUAUUUACCAGUAGAAUCAAUACUCAAUUGGCUACAUUUGUUUCAUAUAGACCACACCCUUGUGCUACACUUGUAAAUGCUUUCACUUUUAAUUGGCAUGGUCAAAAAGUCUUAUUGCUUUCCGCCUUUCGUCUGUGUAGGUGCGUUCAAAAAGCAAUUCAGGACAAAAUUGAAGGCUUGAUUGUUGUACCAAAUUGGCCAAAUCAAAUAUGGUAUCCAUUACUUCUCCAGGUUGCUGUUACAAAUCCUUAUGUAAUUUUACCUUCUAGGGAGCAGCUAUUUCUUCCAAAUCAACCGUCGUUACUUCAUCCACUACACAAGAACCUGGAGCUUCUUGCAGUGUUUAUUCGAACCUCAUUGUUCAAUUUGAUGUUUCUAACAAGCACCAAAAACCUUGAUCCAACCUCAGCUCCUACAGUUGCAGGUGCAGAUUUUUUAGCUCAGUUAUUUUACUCCACCAAGUUAGAAUACUCUGCUUUGAAUACAGCCAGAUUUGCUCUAUCAUCUAUACUCAAACCUGACCAUGGGAUAACGUUUAGCAAACAAACUAUAAUCAAACGUUUAUUGCGUGGCAUUUUCAAGGAACGAAUAACUCUUCCUCGAUAUACAAUCACUUUUGAUGUGGAUGUCGAGUUGAGGUACCUUGACUCUUUGCCAUCACCAGAAGAGUUAUCUUUACAAUGA